AUGGCGACGUCGGGACGACGAUUCGCAAAAGAGAACACUGUUAAGGUAAAAAAUGUUGAUGUUAAAAAGGUAUUCAUGAUCGAUUUUAUUGAAGCAGUUGAAAGAUGUAUUGGUGAAGGCUUAUGCUUUGCAUGUGUCCCACGCCCUCUCAUUAGUAGCAUUGAAAUUACAGUAAAUAAUGUUGAAAACGCCAUGAAAUUGUGUGAUGAGGGUCUAGCCAUUAAUGAUGAACAUUAUUCAGUUGAGCUAUGUUUUUCGCAGUAUACAGUAGUAUCAUUUUUCAAUCUCCCAAGCCAUGUUGACGACGAAGUGAUUACUAAUAAACUUGAACAUUAUGAAAUCGAAAUAGUAGAAAAGGUGGUUAGGCAUUACUAUAAACAAAGACCCGAUGUAGCCGACGGCACACGCCAUGUUAAGUGUAAAUUCCCUCCAAACUUCCAUUCGCUCCCAUAUGUCUUGCCUUUCGAUACUCCAGAUGGACCCCAAAAUUUUAAAGUACUUCAUAACAAUCAAACAAAAGUAUGUUUUAAGUGCCUCUCCCCUGACCACGAGAAAAAGGAAUGCCCGAAAAUUCAGUGCCGAAAAUGUAAGACCUAUGGCCAUAUGGCUUUUAACUGCAACAUCGAAAAAUGUGAAAAGUGCGACAAAUAUAUCAAUCAGUGCAAAUGCGAACAAUACUAUGACACUAAUGAAGAAAUUGAUUAUUUCGAGGAUCCUAAGACUGAUAAGCCUAGCAAGAACAAGACACAUGCCAAGCGUGACUUAAGUUUAUCCACAGACAUUACACACGAUGACAAAAAACAACGUAAAGACAUUAACGAAGAAGAUUCAUCCCCCACAGAAACAGCCCGUCACGACCCCCACUCUUUUUUAAACGAUUUCUCUGUUAUUGAAAAUCCAGAAGACAGACCCUCUAUUGCAGAUCACAUAGAAAUACCACAAGAGGCUCCCGACAGUGAUACACAAGUUCGCGACGCCAAAAACACAAAAGAUAACUUAAACGUUAAACUGACUGUAACUAGGGGCAAAGAUGGCAAAAUAAAACGCACGGUAAUUCCAACAGGAAAAUCAUCCCCAAAUAAACUAAAUGUGUUUAAUUCCAGGAAAGAUAUACCAGUAGAAUCGACCCCCCUACCCAAAAUUAACACUCCCAAAAAGUAG